CACUGGCCGGUCGGAAUGGCUGCUCCUCCCUGGUUAUCAGUACUACGCUGGAUCCUCCUCCUCACCAUUUCAGCUGAUGGCUCCUCUGUGUUGGCGUUUCACGUGACGGAGGGUAGCACAGUGAUUUUGCCGUGCCAUUACUCAGUGAAGCACCAUGGCCUGAGCCACGUCUGCUGGGGACGGGAUUGUGGAACGUUCUGGUGCAACGACAUCAUCGUGCAAACAGAUGAGUACGGCGUCAUCUCCAAAGUCUCAGACAGGUACAAGCUCAUCGGAGAUGUUCUAUCAGGACAAAUGGACCUGGGGAUCCAAAAAAUACAAAAGACAGACAGCGGGCUGUACUGCUGUAGAGUGGACAUCGAAGGGUUUUUCAAUGACAAGAAGAUGUCCUACACGUUGAGGGUCAUGAAAGCUUCAACGACUGUGCCUCCAACAACCACGACCCCGAUUACUACAGAACCAAUGGAGACAGUGUCUUCGCUGUCAGAUCAGUCCAGAGGAGCAGACUCAUCAUUCUCUGACAUUUCCUGGCAGAAUGUCACCCAUGUGCAUUCUGGGGCUAUGAUGGAGGAGCCGAUCUCUAGGAUCACGCUACAGAUAAACAUCCCAGUUCUGUCUCUGUCUCUCAGUCUGCUACUGCUCCUCUUGGGUGCACUGGCCUUUUUGACCUUCAAACGUGGCUUUUAUAGGAAGGCCUUUGACAGUGGGUGUUUUUCAAAGGAGCCCCGACACAUUAUUUAUGAAAUACGCACAAGAAGGCCAGUGGAGGAGAACAUCUACACCCUGGAAUAGACACAAAAACCUUUUUUACCUUAAUACACACACA